AUGUGUGGGGGAGAAGAGAAUGGUGGAUUGGAUCAGGCACAUGUGUCCUACAGUGGCAGUGCGAGUGAGCAAAACAUUGCGGAAAUGAUUGUAGGCCCAUCAGGUUCCCGUCAGCCCACAGCAUUCCAACUCACACUCGAUUGCAAUAAGGCAGGAAUGGGAAAUGUGGAUAAGGAACGUGUGGAAGCUAUUAUACGUAAUGUAUCUGAGGGUUCUUCCUUUUUGAUGAAUGAGCAGCGGAAGGCUGAGGGUCGAGAGAAGCAACUGCAAGAACUCAAGCGGAAAUCAUCUCUCUUCACUCAGUUGUUGGGUGGUGAACGAAACGCUGCGCAGCGGAAACAGUGGGAGCUGAAGGUUUCCAAAAUAGAACAGGAGCUUGAGGCUACGCGUCGACUGGGAACUUAUAUCCAUUUAGACAUGGACAUGUUUUAUGCUGCUGUUGAAAUCAAGAAGCAUCCGGAGUACGCCGCCAUUCCACUUGCAGUUGGGAGUGUGUCAAUGUUGUCUACCGCAAAUUAUGUUGCACGUGAAUGUGGUAUUCGCUCCGGUAUGCCAGGUUAUAUCGGAUUGAAGGUCUGCCCGAAUUUGCUCAUUCUGCCUCCUGAUUUCGAUGCUUACAAUGAGGAAUCCAAUACUGUGCGCCGUAUUGUUGCUGAAUACGACCCUAAUUUUACCUCUCUCGGUUUGGAUGAACUGACCCUUGAGGUAAGUGCCUACAUAGAGCGCUUUGAGGGAACCAAAACAGCCGAAGAUGUGGCUUCUGAACUGCGUGUGCGUGUAUUUGGUGAAACAAAGUUGACAGCAAGUGCUGGUAUUGGACCCACUGCAGCACUUGCCAAGAUUGCCAGUAAUAUUAAUAAGCCGAAUGGACAACAUGAUCUUAAUCUUCAUACCCGAGAGGAUGUGAUGACAUACGUCAGGGAUUUGGGUCUACGUUCUGUGCCUGGUAUUGGGAAGGUUACGGAAGCUCUGUUGAAGGGACUGGGUAUCACCACUCUCUCAGAUAUUUACAAUAGGCGUGUUGAACUUUGUUAUAUUUUUACCGAAAAAACAUAUUGUUUUUUGCUUGGAGCUUCCAUUGGCAUUAUGCAAUGGCCCGAUAUGUGCAGCAUACUUGGUGCCUCCAUCGAUGAUGGGACAGGUGUGGGAAGGAAGUCAGUUGGGUGUGAACGUACAUUCAAAACAUUUCAAAACAAAGAAGAAUUGCAGGAAAUGGUUGAUUUCUUAGUCGACUACUCAUAUGAUGAACUAAAGAAACAUGAGCUGAUGUGUAGACAGGUUUCGUUAAAAAUUCGAUGGAAUUCCUACCGUCAUCAACAAUACACAAAGAAUUUGACUCAAUAUUCAGAUGACUCUGCAACCCUUCGCCGCGCAGUAGACGAGCUCAUGUUACCGCACGCUGCAAAGUAUUCAGAGAUGCGGCUGCUGGGGGUACGUUUUCUUGACCUUAUCUUUGCAAAAGACUUUCAUAUGAAAAAAAAGGGUGGUAACCAACUGUCUAUUUCACAAUUUAUUCGCCCCAAGAAGCCGGGUGAGGUAACAGCAACCACCGGUAUAAAAAGGGAGAGGACUACUGAACCGAAACAGGUUGUGGAAAUAAUAAUAUCAUCAGAUGACGAGGAUGAGAAUGAUAGUGUUGGCUUGGCAUCUAGCUCCACUGUACUCGUUUCAACUGACAAAGGUACUGUUGAGAGGGAAGUUACCAUAAUUGAGUGA